CUCUCCAUAGGCACCAGCAGAGUCUCAGCAUCAGACAGUGGCCAGUCUAGUGGCGCAGAAGUGCAGCCAUGAACUACCCUCUAACCCUGGACAUGGAUCUCAUCACCUACAACCUGGAUGACCUGUACAAGGAAUUUGCCUUCUACAGCAACAGCACGGAGAUGCCCCUACAGGAAAGUCACUUCUGCUCAACAGUGGAGGGACCCCUACUGACUUCCUUCAAGGCAGUAUUCAUGCCUGUGGCCUACAGCUUCAUCUUCCUUCUGGGGAUGCUGGGAAACAUCCUGGUGCUUGUGAUCCUGGAGCGGCACCGGCAUACUCGAAGCUCAACAGAGACCUUCCUUUUCCACCUGGCAGUAGCCGACCUUCUCCUUGUUUUUAUCCUGCCUUUUGCAGUGGCUGAGGGCUCUGUGGGUUGGGUCCUAGGGACCUUCCUCUGCAAAACUGUGAUGGGGCUGCACAAGCUCAAUUUCUACUGCAGCAGCCUGCUGUUGGCCUGCAUAGCUGUAGACCGUUACCUGGCCAUCGUCCACGCUGUGCAUGCCUACCGCCGCCGUCGCCUCCUCUCCAUCCACAUCACCUGUGCAAUCAUUUGGCUAGCCGGCUUGCUGUUUGCCUUGCCGGAAGUCCUCUUUGCCAAGGUCAGCCAACCUCUUAACAAUGACUCCCUGCCACACUGCAGCUUCUCCCAAGAGAACGAAGCUGAAACCAAAGCCUGGUUCACCUCUCGUUUCCUCUACCAUAUUGGGGGCUUCCUGCUACCAAUGCUGGUGAUGGCCUGGUGUUACGUGGGAGUAGUACACAGGCUAUGCCAGGCUCAGCGGCGCCCUCAGAGGCAGAAGGCAGUCAGGGUGGCCAUCUUAGUGACAAGUAUUUUCUUUCUUUGCUGGUCACCCUACCACGUUGUCAUUUUCCUAGACACCCUGGAGAGGCUGAAGGCAGUGUACAGUAGCUGCGAACUGAGGAGCUAUCUCUCGGUGGCCAUCACCGUAUGUGAAUUCCUGGGUCUGGCCCACUGCUGUCUCAAUCCCAUGCUCUACACCUUCGCUGGUGUAAAGUUCCGCAGUGACUUGUCUCGACUUCUGACGAAGUUGGGCUGUGCUGGCCCAGCCUCCCUUUGCCAACUUUUCCCCAGCUGGCGAAAGAGCAGUCUCUCUGAGUCAGAGAAUGCCACCUCCCUCACCACCUUCUAGACCCCAGAACCUCCACACCUUCUUUCUGUUUCUGUUUUCCUUGGGAGCCUGGAGUGAUGCUAGAAGCCCUUUCAACAAAAACUGGGCUUCUAAGAGCUUAUUUGGGCUGGUAUCCUCAGAAGGGACAGCUAGAUGAACUCUUUCUAGAAUGUCCCUAAGCUCUUCUGCCAGCCCUCAGGCUAAACUAGAGCCCUGGGAAGAGAAAGCAGCCCAAAGGCAAAACAAAGGAUCUCUAGACUGUCCACAUCACCUUAGGCUAAGAGGACUCCCAAAGCCAAAGCUAAGAAUCAGCUUUACUUCUCCCCUGGCCACAGGGAACGCCACUUUGCUGGGAGCUUACAGUCUCAUCUUCCUCUGGUUAUGGACCUCUGAAUCUCCUCCCAGAAUGCACUCUGUCAUCAUAAAGGCUCCUGGCCAUCACAGCUCCCCACCACUCCUAUCUACUGAAUAGCCAGCUGGUGGCAGAGUCUGACCUUAAUAUGCCUGUCUCCUAAACACAAACUUUGUGCCAGACCUUCAACUCUGCCAUUCUCUUAAUCAAGCAGAAAGCUGGACUAAUUUUCUUUGGGUAUCUGUCUAACUCCAACCAACCAGCAUUGGGUCAGCCUCAUGUUACUGGAUCUUGGACUACAGACCAAGGUUAGGCUCCAGAAUGCUCUGGAGGCUGGCCAGGGUCCUAAGAAGAGAGGGCAAGCCAGCAGGGAAACAACCCAGUGGAGAAAUGGAAGGACACCUUCUCUCCAGGCCCCAAAGAGGGGCAAGUAGAAUCAAACUCAGUGGGGACUAUGCUCAGUGGUGAAGAGCACUGGCUGCUCUCCCAGAGGCUCAAUGUUCGAUUCUCAGCACCCACUGGCAGCUGUCUGUAAUUUCAGUUCCAGGGAAUCUGAGAGCAUCAUACAGAGGUAUAUGCAGACAAAACACCAAUGCACAUAAAAUAAAAAUAAAUUUAAAAAAAAUCAAACCCAGCAGUAUUCUCUGCCCAGCCUGUCAGGGAGAUAAGAUCCAGGGCCCUCGUGGAUUCUGGGCACUGAUGGGGGAAAAGGCCAAUUUGCCUCUCCUGAAAUCCUCAGGGCCUGUAGAAAAUAAAAUAGCAAAGGGGUCCUAGAUUCAGAAGAAGAGGUACUUAGCUAAGAAAAUGAAGACAGAGAUCCCUGUCUUCAUUAGGCAAGGACAAUGUGAGAAGCCAACCUGGGCAGGGAAAUCCCCUAUCCCCAAGGAGGCAGAGCUGUGCCCCUGGGAGGGCACUGCUCAGAUGGAACCAGAGGAAACUGCUCCACACCAGCUUAGGGGAGCUCCUCCUCCCAGCCACUGAGCUGGGGAUUGGGGGGAACUGGGGUGCCUGAUACCACUCACACCGAUCAGACAAGCUCCCUGGGGGACCACACCAGGGAGAUCAGUUCUACAUCAGAGACUGCGCCCUCACUGCAACAUGGAGACAUCUUGGGAUCCCCUUUUCUGUUCCCAGCAUCCAACAGCCAGCUGGGUACCAGAGAAACCCGACACACAGACAAAAAAAGCAAGAGAUUACAUUUUUGAAUUUUCUCUUUUUAAUAAAAAGGCACCUAUAAAACAGGUCAAUACAGUACACAGGCAGCACAGACCCCCCCAGAGCAAGCCUAAAAAGUGUUUCAAAAUAAAAACCAAGAUGUCUUCACAUAUUGUAUUUAUAUAUUUAUAUUUAUAUAUAUAUUUAUAUAAUGGUACAAAAUGGCUGGGGUAUGGCCAUGGAUGGAGAGGAGAAGGCUGGCCUGUGGGGAUCACCG